AUGGUGUACCAAGACCAUCUUACCAAGUUCUGCAUCCUGCGUCCUCUCACUUCUAAGCGUGCAUCGGAAGUAGCUUAUCAGUUGCUGGACAUCUACCUUCUGCUAGGAUCCCCUUCAAUACUACAAAGUGACAACGGGUCCGAAUUCACAGCGCAAGUUAUCACCGAGUUGAAUCAGAUGUGGCCUGACCUCGUCAUCAUUCAUAGGAAGCCGAGACACCCCCAGAGUCAGGGUUCAGUGGAAAGAGCCAACUGCGACAUAAAAGACAUGUUGAUUGCAUGGAUGAGUGACAAUGACACACGGGACUGGACUGUUGGGCUCAAGUUUGUGCAAUUUCAAAAGAACUCGAGCCAUCACACUAGAAUCAAGCGUUCUCCCUUUGCUGCUCUGUUUGGUGCCGAUGCGAAGGUAGGAUUGACAUCAUCCAGUCUCCCCCAAGAUGUCAUUGCAAGGUUGCAAACUGAAGACGCCCUCCUGUCUGCAGUACCCAUCCAAACCCAGUCGAGCAAUCCAGCGAGGAAGCAGAACAUGUACCAGUCUCACCCAUCUCUGUACGUCAGGAGGAAAUUCAGUCAAAUAACAACCUUGUCAAUACCAUUCUGCACGUUUCAGGUAAUCUGUAUAAAUUAG